AGGUGGGCGUGGUAGGAGUGAGACAAAAAGUUCUCUGCACUGAAACUCAGGGAAGCAAGUGUCUCCCUAUAAUCGUAAGGAGCCGCUCAACUCCUGACGAGAUGGAAGCAGCCUGGCGAGCGCUGAAGCUCGCAUGGGAUGGCUGUGGGUGGAUAGCUUACAACUUGUACCGGUCUGCUCUCGCCCUCGCCCCCUAUGCGUCCGACCACUCGAAGAACGUGUUCAACCUGUCUUACUUCUUCUUCAGGCAGAACCUGGGGUUACGCAUGGCAUUACUGGAAUACCGCCGUAAGACCAAAGUUGGUGGAUCCGCCCCUAACCCUGUGGUGGUGAGAGAGGAUGAUGAGACGACGUGCCGAAUGUUGGACGCCGCCUCAAAAGGUCGUCCUCUUGUCCUCAACUUCGGGUCUUGUUCCUGACCUCCAUUCAUGAAGGACCUCGUCAAGUUCAGGAAGGUAAUACACCUUAAUUUUAUCCAACAUAAAUGCAUUUAAUUUAUAUAUUGCAAUCAAGCUGAUGCGUGGGUUAUUUAAUUAAUAAACCGUAGUAAAAUUACCGCAAAUAUUCUGGCGGCGGCUUUAGAUCCCGUUGUGCGUUUCUUUCUUACUC